GCUGCUUGAACACAUCUGUAAAGGUUUCCAGUACCAUGCAAAGUGUACCAUGUCCUCGACAGCAAACUUGGCGGUUCCUGGGCUGUCAGACGACAUUUGGCUCCUCAUAUUGCAGUACUUAGCAGCUCAGGACAUUGUAUCCCUUUUGCGAGUGUCCGAGGUUAGUCGGCGUUUCAAUGGUCUAGCCAAUACAAAUCAAUGCUGGUACGCAGCCUACACAUGUCAGUAUGCAAUGCUCACAAAUGGAGAAUGCUACACGUAUCGGUCGAACAGAGCUGGACCACCACCGGACUGGAAAAGCAAGUUUUUGACAGCUUAUAAGUCGGUGGAGAAUUGGAAGGCGUAUGGAGAGGCCUUGGAAAAGUUUUAUUUGCAGAGGGAAUCCGUUCUCAAUCCGGGUCGUGAUCGGAUGAAGGGCGAGGAUCUCGGUGGCGAGGAAGGGGAGAUCUCUGGUGACGCCCCACUGCUGCACAGCGAGGGGACGUCAGACCACGCCGAACUGACCGAAAGCACCCCAUCAAAACCAUCUGUUGUGUGUAUUAGUCAUGUUCCUUGGGCGAACGGCCUUCAGAAGCCUUGGGAGUACUGCCUUUCACAGGCCGAGGCCACCCAGAUUUUGAGAGACCUACAUGCAACGGACACGCUAGCUUCUACAUUUACGAGCAUGGUCCCAGAUCACUCCUUUGAACUCUCACAGUCACCCACUACACUGCUCGGUAUCAGUACUCUGCACUUUUCAAGCUCAAACGAUGACCUCCGUUCCACGAUCCUCUUUUACGACAUUGCAACACGAUCCCUCCAAAGCCAUCUCACAUUGGCAGUUCCCCUUGGUCUGGACUCUGUUCCCGUCUUGCAUCACCUCGACAUUCAAAACGACGUGUUCUUGGUGGUGGAUGAAGAUUAUCCUGAACGGACGUGGCAGCGGUUACAGUUUCGCAAGUAUUCUACCCAGGAGCUCAUAUGGGAAACAAGUGUGGAGGGUGUGAUGCAAGGGCAGAGGGUAUUACCGUAUCCGUUGGCAAAGGAACCAGGUCGGAUGCUGGUGUUGGGAUGGAAGGUAGGGGAGGAGAGAUUGACGAUGGGGGUGGGAGUGCUUUUUGAUGUGGUGCGGCGAGAGGUUAUCAGGCGAGUGUCUUAUGGGCAGGAUGUGCUCUGCAUUGCUGAAGGCGAUCCCUACAUUCCAUGCGUUGUUUUGACUGGUCACCGUGAUAAUCGGAUAUGUAUAUGGGAUUUGGAGACAGGUGCUUUGAAGGGUACCCUUCUUGGCCACAAUUGCCCAGUAUGGGGCUUUGCGUUUAUGGAUGAGCCAGACGAUCGCGACGAGAAGGGAGCCUGGCGCCGUCCACAGGCCCUCACACUUGUUUCUGUCGGUGAUACGGGUUCCGAUUCCGACACGGCUGAAGUCAUCGUCUGGGACAUUGAUCGCGUGCUCUCCCAUCCAAAUCUCAAUCCCCCUAUUCUCACACGCCACACGAUAAAACUCACUACUCCCUCCGACGUGAUCUCCUCCUUUUACGUCAUACAUCCGAUUAUGUACACAUUAUCAUAUUUUGGCAGAUUUGGCGUGCAUGAUCUGCAAACCGGCAAGAUGAUAUGUUCUGUGGAGGGUGUAGCGGAUCUCGAUGCGGUGAGCCAGUCGAGCCCUUUCGGGUUUUUUAAUGUCCAUAGGGUUGGUCAGGUUGGGUGCGGGGGACCACAGAUUGUCGUGUUAACCCGGAGUGGGGUUUUGAAAGUGUGGAGUCCGGGUGUGGAUGGCUAGUUGACCGAUACGGAAUGCAUUUCAUGUGAUAAUAGCGGGCUUUUUGCCAGAGGUAUAUGUUGCUCAUGGAAGAUAUGCAAUCUUUUUGAGUGCCUUGGGUAAUUGCGUAUACUAUGAUCACAUAAAGAGAAAAAAAAACCGACACUUAAAAAAAAAUUCCAAAAACUGCCUGACAAACCCAAACCUUCCCUACAAAUCCC